UUGCCGAUGUUGGUAGUCGGCCAGUCGGACGCCUGCGGAUCGAUUCGUACGUACGUUGAGCUACGAGCCUGCACGAGAGGAGGGGGAAAACGGUAUCGUUAGUGGUACAUCAAAGAACAUACAUAGAAAUCAUAGCACUCGUACGAGAAACCGUGUACACAAUUCAGACAACAAAUACAAUAUAAUACAACUCGCGUCAUUGUCAUUCGCGAUUCAUAAUUUAGCGGCGAUAAACCCUACUACAUUGACACUGUGACUGACAUUAUGAGUUCGUCAAGAAAAGAUUUACAUUCAAAACCUACUGGAUCAUCGGUAUCUAAGAAACCUAAAGGCUGGUUACCAAAAAAAAAACCUUCUUCAUCCAAAUCGCAUGAUUUUCGAUGUCCAUACACUUUACGCAAGACUGGACAUUUUAAAUAUAAUAAUCAACUUUGGACUGUAGGUGAUAUUGCAUCUUUAGUCAACGAGGAAAUGACUAAAACCUGUUAUGCGCAAAUUAUUGAGCUACUCGAAAAUGAUUUAUGUGAAAAACGAGCAAUAAUCUUCUGGUUGGGACCUAAAGCUAACAUUGGAGUGUUAGAUGAAUCAAAAAAAGUGCAUCAUGACACUUUUAAACCUACUGAAUUUGUACAUGUGCUUAUUGAUAAGAGAUUAAUACCUAUGGAGUGCUUAACUUUUGUUAUGAAUAUUCCAAACUUAUUUGAGUAUAGACUACAUGUUGGUACCGAUUACUUGACUGAUUCGAAUAUUCUACCACAUUCUGAAAGAUAUGGAGACUCCUCGUCAGAAUCUGAUGGAGACGAAGAAAAAAGACCCAAAGGUAGAAUCACACGGCUACUUAACAACUAACAAGUGAAUAAAAUAACUACUAAUUAUUAUCAUUUUUAAUAUUUGUAAUUUUAAUUUUAGUAGAUAGAAUAAAAUGUUUUAUGUCUCUAAUAUGAACAAUACUAAAGGUACCUUUUUCAAGGUACUAUUUUAUAGUGUUUUAUAAGAUUUUUGU